AAUAGAACAUUUUGAGGCCAUGCAAGAACAUUUUGGAGCUAAGACAUUUUUGAUAUAUGUAGAACCUGUGUUUAGCAAAACAGGAGAAACAAUUGGAGUAAACUAUAUGGGAAUGGAAAUAACAGAUCAGGUGAGAAAAAGAGAAAGAAUGGCUAAGCUAAGGGAAGAAAUUGCAGUUCAGAAAGCUAAGGAAACAGAACUUAAUAAAACCAUUCACAUUACAGAGGAGACUAUGAGAGCAAAACAAAUGCUGGCAACAAUGUCUCAUGAGAUAAGAUCACCACUUUCUGGUGUUGUUAGCAUGGCUGAAAUUCUUACUACAACAAAAAUUGACAGGGAGCAAAGACAGCUCUUGGAUGUCAUGAUAUCUUCAGGAGAUUUGGUUCUUCAACUUAUAAAUGACAUACUUGAUCUUUCCAAAGUUGAGUCAGGAGCUAUGAAAAUGGAAGCUACCAAAUUCAGGCCAAGAGAGGUAGUAAGGCAUGUACUCCAGACAACUGCAGCAUCAUUGCAGAAAAUGUUAACAUUGGAAGGAGAUAUAGCAUAUGAUAUACCUAUUGAGGUCACUGGAGAUGUUUUAAGGAUUCGGCAGAUUCUCACAAAUUUAGUCAGCAAUGCUGUCAAGUUUACACAUCAAGGCAAAGUUGGUAUAAACCUUUAUGUUGUUCCAGAACCACCAUUUGCCAAAUCAGAAGAAUGCCACCAAACGGAGACAGAAGACCAGUCAACUGUUUCUUCAAAUGGAUUGAAGGAAGAGAAACAUGCAUCAUCACUUUGUUUGAUCGACCUAUUGACUCAAUAUUCGUUUGACUACUGUGUUUAUGUUUUAAUAUUUGUUUUAAAUGGAUUACUUAGUUUUGUCCUCUGCAGUCUGCAUAUAUAAGUUUGUUUUUAACCCGAAUAAACCGCUAAAACAAACCCGCAAUCCGCACAAACCGAACCCGUCCAAACCGUGUUGAUAUUGGGCGGAAAUGGGCCUUCAUAUUUGAACCGUGGGUUGGACUGGGUGAGGGUUUUGGGCCCGAAACCGCCCGGCCUGGCCCGUUGUCCAGCC